CAACUUUUUUUUAUUUAGGUUUAACAUUAAUUAAUAGGAUAAUAGAGGAGAUUUUGACGGUACAUAAAUAUGGAAAUAAUAAAGAAACCAACCAUUUUGUGUUCUAAUUACGAGGUUUGGAACAUACUGAAGAAUGUUAAGGAUAGCAAAAGGCUUAAGGAUCAAAAAAAUCUGGCCACGGUGACGUACGAAGCGAUUAAAUACUUGGAAGAGACUAACUGUGUUUAUCAAAGUGAGGAGACGAUACGGGCAUUUUUACUUGCUCUUAAAGCAAAAGGGAUUCGACUUACUAAAGCCGAAAAAUUACAACUAAUCAACAACCGACCAGCUACUUUGGUAGAACUUCAGCUGUUGAUUGAGGAGAAUGAGGAACGAUUCAGUGAGGAGGCUCUCAAUUUGAUUCUGAACUUGGUUCAAGAGUAUCUUCCAGGAGAUCCUAAACAGGAGGCAGCUGAGAUGCCGAGUGAUGAAGAGGAGGGAAGCGAAGAGGUAAAGGUGAAACUGGAGGAAGAGGAGACUGGAGAAGUUCCAAUGGAUUCGAGUUAAUCUGUGAAUUGCUUAAUGAGAUUAAUGUAUAUGAUAAAAAAUGGUAUAAAAAGAUAUCUUGUUUCAUAAUAGUCUUACUUGCACAUAAUAAUGUCAUUCAUUGCUUUGUAAUUUAGUUUAAAGUGUCAAAUUUUAUAUAUAUAAAAAAGUUAUCAAACCCCUUUUU